AUGCCAAUCAUAAUAUCUGAAAGUUCCGCCUCAAGUUCUACUAUCACUUCAAUUAAUACUAAUGAAAUUGUGAAUGAUGUAGUGGUUAAUAAUUCAAUAAAAAACUUACUAAGUUCAGGAGAAGACUUAGAAGCAAUCUAUCAAAAAGUUAUGCAACGUUUAUCAUUAAAUAACAUAAGAGGAAAUGAAAUCAAAAGAAGAUUUUCAGGUAAAUUACCAGAGGGUUGGGCAGACAAUUUACCUAGAUAUAAACCAUCUGAUCCUGACCUAGCUACUAGAAAAUUGUCAGAAAAAGUCUUGGAUAAAAUUGCUGAUGUUUUACCAGAAUUAAUUGGUGGAUCAGCAGAUUUGACUGAAUCUAAUUUGACACGUUGGAAAACAGCUGUGGAUUUUCAACCUGAUGAUAGUGGCUUGGGGAAUUAUGCAGGUCGAUAUAUUAGAUACGGAGUUCGUGAGCAUGCUAUGAGUGGUGCUAUGAAUGGUUUGACUGCAUAUGGCGGUAUAAUUCCAUUUGGCGGGACAUUUUUGAAUUUCAUUAGUUAUGGUUUGGGUUCUGAUGGUCCUACUCACCAACCAAUUGAAACUUUGGCUAGCCUUCGUGCAUUACCAAAUAUAUUAAUAAUACGCCCUGCAGAUGGUAAUGAAGUUUCAGGUGCUUAUUUAGCUGCAAUACAAAGAUCAAAUUGUCCAUCAGUACUAGUUCUUUCUCGUCACAGUAUUCCUCAAUUGGAAGAUACUUCAGUUGAAAAAGUUCUUAAAGGCGGAUAUGUCUUGAAAGAAUGUGACAAUGCGCAAAUCACUUUAGUUGCAACGGGAUCAGAAGUAUCACUUAUCGUUGACACAGCCAAAUUACUAGAAAAAGAUCAAAUCAAUACUCGUAUUGUAUCUUUACCAUCGUUUGAAUUAUUUGAAGAACAAACUAAGGAAUACCAAUGGUCAGUUCUACCUGAUGGUAUUCCUAUAUUAAGUGUUGAGGCACUUUCUACAUUUGGUUGGACCAAAUAUGCUCAUGUAAAUUUUGGUAUGAAAUCAUUUGGCUCUUCUGGGCCUUAUAAAGAAGUUUUCAAAAAAUACGGCUUUGUGCCAGAAAAAAUUGCAACUAUGGCAAAACAAACUAUAGAUUUCUAUAAAAAUAACCAUAUUCCCUCUGUAAUUGAUAAACCUUUGAUUUAG